AUGCCCGCAGCUGCUGUGCUCUGCCCGAGCCAGAGCCUAUGCAUGCUUUGCGGCCCGGCGUCUUUGGGAGCGCACCCGGGCUUUUCAGAGCUGCUCUUUGCCGUGUGGAUUGGCCUAGGCCCGCUGCAUCUCAUUUACACGCUGGCACCCACAACGCACGCAUUCCGAGCAUGGGAAAUAGGCGGCUGGCCAGCCCCUUGCUCAAAGGAAAGCGGACGCCUGUGCACCCCACGGGCUGUGCGCUGUAUUUCCAGAAUAUGUGCGGCAGCAGGCAGCCAGCUCUUCUUACUCCAUGCAUUUCAGGGCGCGCACGGAAAGGCGCUUUCUGGCGAGUUUUGCACUGCAGCGUGCAUGCCAAGCCUCCGCUCUAGAAAUAUUAAUUGA